AUGUUAAAUCUGUACUGGGACAAAGAGGCUGGAGAAGGAACAUAUAAGCUUGAGGAUGCUACUUCUUCCGGUGAAUUGCGUUUUAUAGGAGAAGUAUUCAGAGGGUUUUGCAAAAUCUCAGCGUACUUGCUUCUCUCUCUUGUUCUGGGAAAGCUAAGUAGAGGAAAUCAGCAGAAAGGUCAAAGAAUAAGCUACAGGAAAGCAAACAAACUUUUCAGUGUUGGAGCAAAUGUAAAGGAGAUCUCUUUUGACCAGAGCUCAAGAGCUGCUCUUCAAGCUGGUAUUGACAAGCUUGUUGAUAGUGUUGGUCUCACUCACGGCCCAAGAGGCAGAGAGUAUUGGUUACUACAUGUGUUCUAUAUUCUGAGAGGAGAUUCAAUGCUCUCUUUGUUGUAUGUGUAUGAUGAACCUUGA